CUUUGCUGGCCUGGGCUGCCAAUCCCGCAAUAAACCAUACAUCUGAAAUGCUGGCAUGCCCGCUCAAGCUAGAACACGCAUUCCGUAGCCACCUGAGAUGAUCACUCGCGGCACCGACUUGCAUCAUUGCCUUCUCAGCUUCCGUCCCUCAUUGCCCGACUCGGAAAUGCGCUCUGAUGUGCCGCUACCUACACACGUCUCAGUCUCCGUUCAGAUCACGCUAUGUAUGUCACUUUCAUCUGCAACAUAUCGAUGGGAACCAGUGAUGGGCCCGUCGCCCGCCGACCUCGGAUGUGUGUCACCGCGCACCUGAGCGUGUUGCCGCUUUCCCUUUCACUUUCUGGCUUCACGCUCUUGGUUUUUCUGUUCUUCUCCUUCUUGUUCAUACCCCCCUUUUCUGUUAUUCUUGCUUGUCUUUUCCAUUCACAUUUUCCAUUCACAUUUUCCCGACUCGCAUUACCACUUCUUGGACUGCAUGACGAACUGGGCACUCGAAAUCGCGCCCUUCCUCGCGAGCUCCCUCGUGAUUGCCACUCUUCCUCACCACUGGCGGGUGGGAAACAUCGCGACGCUCUCGAUCAUCGCCUGGCUUUUCGUGUACAACAUGAUGUACGGCGUCAACGCUGUCAUCUGGAAUGGCAAUGACGACAUCCAGGCGGCAACUUGGUGCGAUCUUGCUACGAAACUGAAGAUUGGCGCGGACGUUGCGCUCCCUGGAUGCUGCUUGUGCUUGGCACGCCGUUUGCUGCGGAUAGCGAAAGGAAAAGAAAUGUCGCCGCCGGGGUGGAGGUAUCUGAUGCCAGAUAUCCUGCUCUGCUGGGGCAUUCCUGUUCUGAUAAUGGCUCUCCAUCUCGUCGUUCAAGGCCACCGUUUCGAUAUCAUCGAGAAUAUCGGAUGCCUCCCUGCAGUUUACAUCUCCUGGCCGUCCAUCCUCAUCCUUGAUCUACCCGCAUUUUUGCCUGCUGCUGGUGCACUCCUAUGCUGUGGCAUGGCAAUACCCAAGUUAUAUCAGAGACGACAAUCCUUCCGUGUCUUCCUGGAAACGACCGAGUCGUCGCUCACGCCGUCCCGCUACAUGCGUCUGAUGGGGCUGACACUGCUCCUUGGGCUGUGGAACACCAUUCUGGUCGCCGUCAGCGCGGUCAGCGCAUAUAUCGGCGGGCUUCAGCCGUACGUCAGCUGGCCCUUUGUCCACGCCGGCUUCGAAUUCAUCGGCCAAUUCAAAAACUCGGAUCUAAGCCCGUCGGAUGUCGCGUUCACCUACAUCCUCUGGUGGGCUGUCCCGCUCAGCAGUGUCAUAUUCUUUCUCUUCUUUGGGACGGGGAGCCAAGUGUUGCAAGACUACAAGGCCAUGGCGGGUGGACUCUCGCGGGCAGUCAGCCUAUCCCGACGCAAGUCGCAGGCUCUUUCUCCUGCGCGAAGAUGGAGGGGAGGUGUCGAUCCGGAGGCUCCACCCUUGCCGACACGUGCUGACAGCGCUUCGACUUACUCGGGAGCGAGCGGAGGGUCGAGGAAGGAGCUGCUGGGGUCGACAUUUGCGGCUGAUGCUGGCUCUGUGGAUCGAGAACAACUCCCGUCUUUCUACCAUUAUGCCCAGUGAAAGUAGAUCGUUCGUGAAUAUGUUAUGCAUGGUACAUACAUAAGUUACAACAUGAGUCAUAAAUACAUGGAGCAUAGCUGGAUAAGUAACAGAUCACUGGGCCUGCAGGAGAGUCAACGGAGCUUCGCAAGCGACCGUGGCUUUCCUGCAGAUUUGGGAGUCCGGGUGUAGAAAGUCCUCAUACGCGAAUUCAAAGCGGUGCUACUACUACUACUAGUCCGUUUGGGGGUCGACAGCGACAAGAGACACUGCGACGACAGCGGGCGUCUGCCCUUGAAGAUGUUCUUGAGCUGUCGCAGCCGCUGGUCUAUCCACG